CACACUUUAUUAUUCCAACCGCAGUGAGGGUCACAAGAACCUCGGUAAACUAACACAGAGCUCCACAAUCCAACCACCACAAAGGAUCCAGACUGAUGAAGCUAUGGGUGCACUGAAUCUCAGGAUUGCAUCCACCACUGCCAAACUGGAAGAAUGGGUCUCAGAUCCCAGAAACAGCCAGAACCUGAUUGAUGACCUGGAGAAGAAGCUCGCUCAGGGUGAAAUGGAGGCUCUGGAGGAUUAUCUGAAGGAUAAGAAGCUGAAAAGGAGUCUGUGUUUUUAUGCUGAUGAUGUUGAUAAGAUUAGAAACAACGAUGAACUCGGGUGGUUCCUUGACGUGAUGAACGGUACUAAAUUCCCUAAAAGUGUACUGGAUUUGUUUUUUCAGAACACAGACUACAACCCACCAAAUAAUUUGAAGAUGGAAGUGCACCCAGAAAUCUACACUGAUUUUAGACUAGAUUUUAGAAAGAAUAACGACUUAGCCACACCGGGUGGAGAAAACGUGGCUCCUAAUCAGCAGAGAAACACAGGUACAUCUGGGGUAGUGAACGAGGGGAAACAAGAACCCUCGCCCAGCAAUAACGCACCAUCGGCUAGAAAUAAAAACAACGUGCUUCUGGACUGGGCAGUGAAACAAAGCAACGUCAGUGAGAAAGAGCUCAAGCAGGUUUUUGAGAACAUCUCAAUGAAAAACGUGGUGGAACACAGAGAGUAUCAGUUUUUUGUAGCUGAAAAUGUCAUGGUCUACAAGAAGCCAGAAACCGGAGAACAAGAAAUCCUCGUCGUCACUGAUGAAAACUCGGUCAGAAUGACAAAUCUGAUUCAUUAUCAGAUGUUUGUGAGUAACAUUCACAAAUCAAUCGUGUUAAGUACCGAGGAACCUAAAGAGCAGCACAUCAAGUAUAACGAGACUCUGGUUCCUACCAGUCUGUGUCUCAGGUGCAUUUCAGAGGUUUUCCAACCCGCUCUGGCCGUCUUCAAAAAAGUUCAGAGAACAGAGAAGUUUUCACACCUGAAAACAAACGAGUAAUAAUAAACCUCAGUGAUCUCAGUUCAUCUCAGUGCACGUGGAACAUCAUUCUGUUCAUUUAUUUAUGUUUUAUAGAAUAAAAGUUCAUUUUCUGGCUGUGACCUGCAGUAAAUGUAAAAUGUUUGUGCAACGUGUGUAAAUUCCACGAUUUGUUGAUUUUUAGAGUGAAGAUAAAGAGUUCUCUACACUAUUGUUUAUCACAUCUGCACAAUCUGAUGCAUCUGAUGACUGUUUGUCACAUAUAUAUUAUAAUUCAUGUGCAAAAAUGAUGGUAAUUCUGCUAUUUGUUUGUUUUCAUUUAACAAAGUAGACACCUAUUUUUACCUGACAGUGGAUAGUUCUGGAGAACACAACGUGUUUAAAGCACAAAUCAGUCAUGUGAUCGACACGCCCCCAUAAGCCCCUCCCUCCACCUCAGUGUUCACAAAUAAAAACAUGGCCAUGAUCUUAUGAUCCUAUAGUUCUGAGGACGAUCAACCUGCUGCUGAUGUUCACUUAAUAACCACCAGGUUGUGAUGUUCUACAGCAGGGGUCAUCAAACUACGGCCCGCAGGCCGUAUACGGCCCGAUGCUUUAAUUUGACCGGCCCCUUUAACCACAGCAGCAAUACAUGUUGUCUGGCCGCUGUUCAUCUUCGAACUCACAGUAUUAUAACGGGAAAAAAAUAACAGAGGAAACAAAAAUUGGCCACCCGGAGUCUCAGUAGAUUAUACGGCAGCGAUCCAGCGGGUGGCGCUCCAAGCAUGAGGGGAGUGAUUGGUGCAUCAAUAGAGAGAUGAGUGACCGCAGCCACUGAACUGUGUUGCGAAGCAGUUAAGUGGGAUUUCGUUAUGAAAAUCCUCGUGUCCUGUGUUAGUUUCAUUAAAGCUAAUGCUCUUAACUACAGGCAGUUUCAGGAAUUCUUGUCUGAGCUGAAGAUGUGCUUUACUGAGAUCCGCUGGCUGAGUCGGGGCGAGUUUUGAAAUGUUUUAACGACCUGCUCCCGGAGAUCAACGCAUCCAAAAUCAAAACUCAAACACAUUGUUUAAUUUUUAUGCUUCUCUUUCCAUUGUGAGCUCCCCGAUCUCAAUAAAACAUGCACUCAAAGUAACUACCGUUUUCAGGAGCAUCUACUUCUGUGUGCAGACUUGAAAUUGAAACACCUUAAAUCUCCAACCAGAUCCAGACUCACUGAUCAACAUUUAUUAGCUGUUAUGACUGGCAGUAACAAAUAUGGAACCUGACGUUUACUGUCGUCAGGCAAAAGCAGGCUCACAGUUCACACUGAUUUUUUUAAGGAAACACUGUAUGAGGAAGGAUAAUGGAAAUUAUUAAAAUAAAUAAAAAUUUCUGCAUUAUCAUUAUGAACUACAAUUAUACAAAGCACAGACAAUACAUCCAGUAUACAUAGAAAAUAGCUUUUUUGGGUGUGUUUACUAUUUCACCUGCGGUCCGGCCCCCCGAAACACUGAAGAACAGUAAUCUGGCCUUUCGGUUAAAAAGUUUGAGGACCCCUGCUCUACAGUAUGUAGACUCCUGACCAUGAGACAAGCAAUUCCACAACAAGCGACAUUAAUAUUCAGCUGCAGCUAUAACAGACUUUCAGAUUAUCAACCUUUUAGAAAUCUAGUUUUUUAGCUUUGGCAGGGCAGUGGUAGCUCAGUAGUAAAGGUACCAGACAGCUGAUCAACAGGUCACACGUUUAAGCCCCACCACUGCCAAGCUGCCACUGUUGGGCCCCUGAGUAAGACCCUUAACCCUCAAUUGUGUGCAUUAUAUUCAGUCACAAGUGUAAGACGCUUUGGAUAACAGCGUCCGCUAAGUGUUAUAAAUGUAAAUACUGAAUAAGAUUUUUAUGUGAAGGAACUUCAGUGUUCAUGUAAACUGAAAAUGAAAGUAUUCAGUCACUGUAUAAGAUCAGUUAUAUAACAGUUGUUUUACCAGUUAUGUUGAAACUAGUGUGUGGUGGGAUUUGGAUUAUAAAAGGGUGUGGAUGAUAGAAUAAGGCACAGUUCUGUCUGAGCUCCACAAUCGCCAAAAGGUAAGUAAAGAUUUACCACAAACAACAGCUUCUACAAUCAGAACUUUGUGCUUUUAAAGCUCUACAGGUUUAAUAAUGAAGAUUAUUUUAGGUUUACUUACUUACAUCAGACAGAAAGGAAAAUAACAAUUCUGUGAAGUUUGGAAAUACGAUUAGCUGGAAAACUUAGACUGUUUCACUGUUAAUCUUUCCUUUUUUUCUUCAAGUUGUUGUGUUGAUUCUGUUGCUAAUGUGGAAAUAAAACAAAUAAAAAAAAGUGGACGCCUGAAACUAA